UCCCGGACGCGCUCGGCCGAGGCGCGCGGCUGCUGCGGGCUGCGGGCUGCGGGGCGGCCAGCCGAGCCGUGCCCACCGGCCCGCGAGCCGCGCGUCCCGGGCGUCCGUCGGUGCCGGAGGCGCCUCCCGCAGGGAGACUCGGCGCGGCCGCGCUCCCGCGUGGUCCGCAGCGGCUGGGGGCCCGGGACGUGCGGGGCCGCGAGGCCGAGCCGAGGCGCCCCCCAGCGGCCGGCGCCGGCCCCAUGGCUGCGCCGGGCGGAGCGGAACCGGCGAGGUGAAGCCCCCGGGCCGGUGGCCGGAGCGCGUGGCGGGGGCGCCGGCUCCAUGGGCAGCAGCGCACAGCGGCACGAUGAUGGACGUUAACAGCAGCGGCCGCCCGGACCUCUACGGGCACCUCCGCUCUUUGCUCCUGCCGGAGGUGGGGCGCGGGCUGCCGGACCUGAGCCCCGACGGCGCCGGCCCGGUCGCGGGCUCCUGGGCGCCUCACCUGCUGCGCGGGGUCCCAGAGGUGACCGCCAGCCCGGUGCCCACCUGGGACGCGCCGCCGGACAAUGCCUCCGGCUGCUGGGAGCAGAUCAACUACGGCAGAGCCGAGAAAGUUGUGAUCGGUUCCAUCCUGACGCUCAUCACGCUGCUGACGAUCGCCGGCAACUGCCUGGUGGUGAUCUCGGUGUGCUUCGUCAAGAAGCUCCGCCAGCCCUCCAACUACCUGAUCGUGUCCCUGGCGCUGGCCGACCUCUCGGUGGCCGUGGCGGUCAUGCCCUUCGUCAGCGUCACCGACCUCAUCGGGGGCAAGUGGAUCUUUGGCCACUUCUUCUGCAACGUCUUCAUCGCCAUGGACGUCAUGUGCUGCACGGCCUCGAUCAUGACCCUGUGCGUGAUCAGCAUCGACAGGUACCUUGGGAUCACGAGGCCACUCACGUACCCGGUGAGGCAGAAUGGGAAGUGCAUGGCCAAAAUGAUUCUCUCCGUCUGGCUUCUUUCUGCCUCCAUCACGUUACCGCCGCUCUUCGGAUGGGCUAAGAACGUCAACGAUGACAAGGUGUGCUUGAUCAGCCAGGACUUCGGCUACACCAUCUACUCCACGGCAGUGGCAUUUUAUAUCCCCAUGUCGGUCAUGCUGUUCAUGUACUACCGGAUUUACAAGGCCGCCCGCAAGAGCGCCGCCAAGCACAAGUUCCCUGGCUUCCCUCGCCCCGAGGAGCCCGACAGCAUCAUCUCCCUGAACGGCAUGGUGAAGCUCCAGAAGGAGGUGGAGGAGUGUGCCAACCUUUCGAGACUCCUCAAACACGAGAGGAAAAACAUCUCCAUCUUUAAGAGGGAGCAGAAAGCAGCCACCACCUUGGGGAUCAUCGUCGGGGCGUUCACCGUGUGCUGGCUGCCGUUUUUCCUCCUCUCGACGGCCAGACCCUUCAUCUGCGGCACCGCCUGCAGCUGCAUCCCGCUGUGGGUGGAGAGGACAUUUCUGUGGCUGGGCUAUGCAAACUCCCUCAUUAACCCUUUUAUAUAUGCCUUCUUCAACCGGGACCUGAGGACCACCUACCGCAGCCUGCUCCAGUGCCAGUACCGGAAUAUCAACCGCAAGCUCUCGGCCGCAGGCAUGCAUGAGGCCCUGAAGCUCGCCGAGAGGCCGGAGAGACCCGAGUUUGUGCUACAAAACUCUGACUACUGUAGAAAAAAAAGUCAUGAUUCAUGAUCAAAAGCGGAAUAGCGGAGACGAAAUAAACCAGGCAAGACAGAGGUGGAAACAAUGCAAUCCUUUGCUGAGACUGCGGAAUGGAGCGUGGCUUUGUCCUUUCCUGGGAUGGCUGACACGUGACAAGCAGGGUGAUCUGUUGUACAAAGCAUAUUAGGAGGGAGAUGGUGACCUCUCCUCUUUUUCUGUGGAUCAGUGCUCUUGUGUGCCAAUGAAAAUAGUGCUCAGUUCAAGACAGCCAGAUCGGCUCAGCACUAAAGCAUACAAACAGAGUUGAGUCUCAGAAAGGAAACAGUUUCUGGUGCUGUGCGUGUGUCCAAGUCCAUACAAACAGAAGAAAGUUCCAAUGCUCACUUCCCAUGCUUCCGAGUCUAGGCAUUGUGGUGAAUAUUCAGGAAUCACUCACGAGACAGAAUGUAUUUUGUGGUAGGACAGAAGGGUGUAUUUCCAAGCAAACUGUGGUAAGCGUAGUGUUGAAUAUGUUGCAUGUCUGUGUUAGAAAACAGAAUCCCGUCAUCAGCUAAUAUAAAUGAUUUCCCAGAGCAGUGUCUGGUUUAAAGCUUCUGUCAAAUAGUUUUUGCUUUUUUUGCAGGGUUCCUGUCACUUCCCCACCAAUGUACUUUUCUUUGUUAACUCAUUGAUUGUCACAGUUUAACUCAGGAACAGAUCUCAGGAUGGAGAGAAUCCUAAAACCUGAAUAAAGCUUUUUCUUGCACUCACACUUCUUCUGAAGGGUCCUGAGAGAUGAAGGGGAUUCCUUCUGAGAGGAAGGAUGUGUACCUGGACGAAGAGGGAGUGCUACCUAACUGUACUGUAUACAAGCACGGUUAUUGGCACAGAACUUUUGGCCCUCGGGUUCUCACCGAUGCAGUGGGCUCCCGGGCUGGUCCGUAACUGUGUUCUUCUGGGGAGGAAGUGUGGGAAUAAUGGGGUUUCCAUGAAAGGUUCUGAUGCUUUCAGAGACAGAGCAUCAGUAUGUUAAUUCUUCUUGGGCAGCGCUGUAUUAAAGGGAACGGUGCGAGUUGGACGUCGCUGGGGCCGCUGCUGGGAAACACUCUGAAUACCAUUCCGUUCCUUCAGGAGGAUUUGUUUUUUGUGUUCUCUGUAUCCUAAAACAAAUGUGUGCCUGGCCAAUUCUGUUCUUCUUUCCUCUCUGUCCCCAAAGUGGUAGAUGUUAAGGGCAGGUCAGGAAACAGAAGAGGCCCCUUUGUGGAUGGUAUUUUUUUUUUUUUUAACGGUACUAUGUAAUAUGUAAGGAGACAGGAAGGUGGCGGAUCAGAAGGGUACCUCCGAGGGGAAAGAGCGAACACAAACCUUCAUUUGAUAAAAGAGAACUGACAGAGAAAAUUAUUUUCCUACAAGAAAUGUGGCUGUUCUCUCACUGGAUGUGGAAUUAUGGAUUUGGAUUAUGGGCAACGUGGGUAACGUGGAUAACGUGGAUUAUGGAUUUCUUCCACUCUCACUGACGUUGCAUCUCACCAGACACAAAGAAGGGUCUGGAAGGGGAGGUGGGCUUCAGACAAAGCUUGUAUAAAUUCCUGAACCGCAGAUUUGCUAAAGUGACUGUAUAUACUUACAUUCAUAAUUUAAAUUAUUGAUUCUGGUCAGAUAAAUGUUGUUAAAUUUGAAAAUGUUUUAUUACAUUACAUCAAAUAAAGUUUAUUUGUAGCUGUAAUAAAGGAACUUAAGUAAUGAUUUUUAAUUGAAGGUCUGCUGUCAUAAAUAUUGCUGUCUGUAGACUCGCAAAAGGGCAAGCUUUGUAGGUUUUGCUGAAAUCCUAACAGGUAGUUAAGACAGUCUGUAAUUCACUGCAUGUCACUUGUCACUUUUUUUUUUUUUUUUUUUUACGAAUGACUGUUGGGUCCUUGAUUUGAUUAAUGGGCAUUUAUUGGGCUCCUACGACAUUCAGCAUGGUGGACAUAGAGGGAUCAAAGAUGAAUAGUGCAAGUCCUUACUUUUAAGGAGUGUGCCAUCAGGUUGAAGGUAGAUGUUCCUCAGAUGGUCACCAUAUCAUUUAGGGAGGGCCAUGGCAGUUUGGAAGGAAUGACCGGUUUCCUUCCUGUAGCACAAGACAAGGCAUUAUGGUUAACUGGAUUGAUUCAGGUUCUCACAUGGGUUUAAUUUUUGAAAUUCUGACAUUCACAUUGGCUCUUUAUCAUGCCUGACUUGAAUGCCUGGUGAUUGAACUCUCUGGCCACACAUGCUUUUACACGCAUGGCGGCCAAUUGAAAGGGAAAGGGAGAAACCGAGAGAGAAUGACAGAAAUAUCAAACAAUUUAUACUAUUCCACCCAGGACAACGUUUGUGCCAAAGGCACAGCUUUUGUUUUAACCAAGAAUUGGGAGAAUCACUGAGAUAAGCACUGUACCCAUAUUUUAUGACUGUUCAGCAAGAAUGACUGUUAGGACUUACCUCUCGACUCACUCAAGAGUGUCAGCUGUCACCCUGCAAGGCUGGGGAUUGCAAAAUGGUGCUUGGGAAGGAGAGUGCUCGUAAGCUGUAACUGAAUGUCUCUUACCUCGUGUUUAGUUUUGUUAUGUAAAUAUUAAACAGGGGUACUCAUAGAGUUCCUAGGUUUUCUGGAAACCGUUUCAUAAUUCUUAAAGCCUUUACCACGGUUUCAUGUGCUUGAGAUGCGUGUAUAUGUUUUCGAUGAUCGUAUUUUCAUGGAGUUUUAUUAGAUUCAUUGAUUACAGGCAUGAUAUCAACCAUAUGAAUAGAAAAUUCAGGCCAUUUUAUAGAUAGUUUAUGCUAAUGUAAUGAUUGUUUGAAUUGCCAUCUGGCAGUGGUAGGAAUUUUCCUUGCGGCAUUUUGACUGUCAACUGAGUCCUCGACUUAAUGGAUAGAAAUGUUUACAAAUCCUGCAUUAUUUAUUUAUACUUAUUUAUGUUUUAAGUUUAUUUUUUUAUUUUGAGAGAGAGACAGAGAGAGCGCGUGAACAGGGGAGGGACAGAGAGAGAAGAAGAGAGAGAGAGACUCCCCAGCAGGCUCCUUACUGUCAGCACAGAGCCCAACCUGGAGCGCGAACUCACGAGCUGUGAGAUCAUGACCUGAGCCAAAGCCAAGAGUGGAAUGCCUAACCGAAACAGCCACCCAGGCACCCCAUAAAUCCUGCAUUUUUUAAACAGUCUAGGCUUCCCAUCCCAGGACCUUCACACACGCUUUCCCCCUCUAUUCAGAAUACUUCUCCUGUUUUCAAAGAUUUAUUUAAUGUAUGUCUCCAUCAUGGUUUAGUAAUUCUUCAAGGGCAGGGACCGUGUCUGUUUUCCUCACCAAUAUGCCCAGCACUUAGCAUUGUGCUUGCAACGUAUAUAGGAGGCAUGUAAUAAAUGUUCUUAAUAGGAAGGAAAGAAGGACAGAAAGGAGGGAGAGAAAGGACAGGGAGAAUGGAAGGCCAGAGUUUCCUUGGGUUCCUUUUUAAUUUUCGGAGGAGACAGUCAAGGAAAGUUGGUGCGAUCAAGUGACAUGCUCCGUGAGUGGGACAGAAGGGGCUGGAAGUAAGGUCUCCCGUGUGCAGCGUAGGGCAGGCGCUCCACUGCACGGUGCUGCUUCUUUUACAUGAACUUCUCGUGUCAAGAGAGCAACCUUUUCUUAAUUUUCUGCACGAGUAGAGCAGAGCCACGUAUGUGUUAUGGCCCAUAUGUUGAAACUUGUUUAUGUACAGCUCGCCAGAUGGUCCCUACCAGCAAACAAAGAAGACAUUCCACAACUUUCAGGGGGUCAGCGUGCUGAGGAAGCACUGGACGAAAUACAUGUUGUGAGGUCAUCCCUUACUUAAUCCAAGCAGUAUAGAUCCAAAAAGGAAAACCUGGUCAGACAUUCAGUGUGAAGCAGGGAGACCUGGAGAACCAAUUCCGGGGAUCCAAUUCUCAGAGACAGAAGUUGACGUAACUGGAUCUCUCUUUAAACUUACUUUGUCCACAUUUUCUCUGGAGCAGAAAAGAAUUUCUUAAAAUACUUUGCUUUUCAAGCCCCUGCUGGCUAAAUAAAUUUUUUUAAAAAAAAUUGCUUAUGCAGUACAAGCGGCAGGGAAUAAAAUGUAAUAUUUUUUAUUGUAAUUUUUUACAAUAAAAAAUGUAAAAGGAAAAUUCACAGAGCUAAUCUGAAGCAGGAAGUGAGAGGUUGACGGCCAUCAGAAUAGGACUUGCAGACAAUUGUAUUGGGGAUUUGGCAUUAAAAAAAUGCUGAGUUGAGGGAAUUAAGAGAUAUUGUAACUGUGGCUCUCUGAACACACCUGAAAUCUUAGAUUCUAUUCAAACUAUAAAAUUUAUGCUCAGAGAUUAUAGAACCAAAAAAAAAAAAAAAAGUAAUGGGCAAGAAAUAUAAAGACUAUAAAGAAAUGAAAGCCUGAUCCAUGGUUCUACCACUAAGAAAUUCAUUCAUUGUUCCAUUCAUUCCCUUAUUCCAAUACAUAUUUAUUUAGUUAUUUUUAUUUUUUUAAUAUUUAUUCAUUUUUUGGGAGAGAGAGACACACAGAAUCCGAAGCAGGCUCCUGGCCCUGAGCUGGCAGCACAGAACCCGACACGGGUCCCAAACCCACAAACCACGAGAUCAUGACCUAAGUUGAAGUCGGACACUUAACUGACUGAGCCACUCAGGCGCCCCCAUACAUACUUAUUAAUAUGUCAGAGACCGAACCCUAGGACCUAGUGGUGAGACAAACAUGAUCUCCAUUCUUGUGAAGCUAAAAAUCUAGCAAGGAAGCCUCAUGUGACACAAAUGAUUAAAAUCCAGUGCGAGACAUAUGAUGAUGAGGCAAAUACAAGGAGAUCCAGAAAGAAAUGCAUACUUCAAUAUAUGGAUACGAACAUUUAAAUCCCAGUGGAGGAGAGAAGUGAGAAUCCAAAGUAGCAGAUGGUAAAAAUAUCUAGAUUUUUAUCUUUGAUGUGUAUUACAUAAUAUUUUUGGUGCCAAAUUACCUUUGUUAAUUACAUUUUGAUUGCGCUAUUAUU